UGCUCGUGUCCCUACGAUGCAAGUGGUGCGCAACUUCCUGUCUCGCGAGCUGCUCGCAGCAUGUUUCUUCGUCAUGCUCUUGUCCUCAGCCCUGGACCAGUAUCCGGGCGAGGUGGAGCCGCAGCCAUUGGACUACGCAUACGAUCUGCGCACCAGUCAGCAGGAGGCUCGCUACAAUGAGACCAAAGCGCUGGUGAGCAACACGGAGCUGUUCGAGGCUCCACACGCCGAGAGCCUCUUCCUCGGCCAGGCGCUAAGCGCUGAAGACCUGGCAGUGAGUCAGGACGGAGUCGCAUACGUCGGACUGGCCGACGGUCGUCUCGCGAGCUUCAGCGCCGCAGCGGACGAGCUCCGUAACUUCUCCAGGACCGGCCGCGAUCUGCCCGAAUGCGGCGCUUUGGACAUGGAGCCAACGUGCGGGCGUCCGCUCGGUCUCGCGUUUGCACCGGCGAAGCCAUUCGCCAAGUUCCUUAAGAGGAUCCCAGACGCUAAGACGUUCACUGGCGACCAGGUGCUUCUGGUAGCCGACGCAUACAAAGGUUUGCUACUGUUCGAGGCCAGUGGCAAACGCACGCUGCUAUUCAGUCGCGUCGGAGAAGAACACACCAAUUUCUUGAAUGGAAUCGCAGUCGUGCACGAGACUGGAGAAGUGUACGUGACGGAGUCUUCACGUCGCUUCCAACGCAACCGCGUAGUGAUGGAGUUCCUGGAACGGAUGCCUACGGGUUACUUGCUGCACUUUGAUCCGAGGACUGAAAGGGUUAAUGUGUUGGCUGGGAGUCUGGGAUUCCCUAACGGCCUGACUCUGGAUAAGGAUGGCUCUGGUCUCCUUAUUGCGAUCAUGUUCCAGAGUAAAAUUGUGCGUUAUGACUUUAAAACGAAGCAGAUCAAAGACUUUGCCUUCUUGCCUGGCGAACCGGACAAUAUCUCGAUCGAGAAGGUUGGCGCCGGUGAGAAUGAGACGGAAGUGUUGAUGGUGGGGAUGGUGUCGCACAACAACGGAGGCAUCUUCCACCACAUGAAGCAGAGCGUCAAGAUGCGCAAGAUUCUGUCGCUACUCCCGACGUGGAUGACGGUGAUCUUCGUGCAUCGUCUUGGGCUGUUUGCUUCCGUGGACUUGGAGACGGGCGACAUCCGUCACGUGUACGAGGCUUCGCAGGGCCAGACGCCGAUUGUUUCGGGCGCUGCUCGCUUUGGUGACCACAUUUACCUGACGAGUUGGGCUCGUCCCUCGAUCACGCGUAUCCCGGCAGCUCUGGUGCAGUAGAUAACUCAAGUCUAACGCUGUUGCACUGAUAAGCUGAAACGACCUCCAAUGUGAAUUUUGUUGGCUCAUUCUUUGGUUUUGUUAAAUUACGAUACAUUCAUUACACCGAACAACACCUAAAACGACGAAGCUAUGAUGAUAGCUAUUUACACGAAGAGUAACUCGGCUGGAACCACCGUGCCGUCAACUUUUUGUGCUUUGAGGCGUACGUGCUCAUCGAUCGCAUCUUGGAGUGCCUUCACCACUUGGAAACGAGCAGCCACCAUCGAGCGCAGGUUUCGAUUCUCUGCCUGUGCAGCGCUAAGUUUUUUAUCGGUGUGGUUGUCGAGAGGAUCAUUCAGGUGGAACGGCUUCGUGUCAGGAUUGGUCAAUGCGGCUUUCAGUUUCUGCAGCUCAACAAGCUGACCUCGUAGGUAUUUGAUCUCGUCACUAGGACGCUUGCGCCACCGCGUCUUGGAUCGGGUAUACGGGAACGGACGCCCUCCUCUGUCGAAGUGCUCUUUCCGCGAGUAGUAAGGGGAUACUGGUUGUUCGAACAGGCUUAGGAGAUCACUGUCGCUAUCGAUUGAUCCGUCCGACUCGGCAAUUGAGGCGUUGUUUGGAGAUUGAACUGUUCCAUCAAAACCGUUCCAGUCCGGUUGUUCUUGAUGGAGAUUCCAGGGCUUUUGCUGGGUAUUCAUCACGACGCGGACAGUUUGAGAAUGAGC